CCCGCGGCCCCGGCGGCCCCGGCACCAUGAGGAACGGCGAGGACCUGGAGGGCUUCGACGGCGAGGCGUCCAGCGCCUCCAUGAUCUCGGCCGCCAGCAGCCCCUACCAGCCCACCACCGAGCCCGUCAGCCAGCGCCGCGGGCUGGGCGGCCUCCGCUGCGACCUGGACUACCUGCGGGGCACCCUGGGCAGGAUGAAGGUGGCCGAGGUGGUUUUGGCGCUGACGGCGUUCAUCUGCAUCGAGACCAUCAUGGAAUGCUCCCCCUGCGAGGGCCUGUACUUCUUUGAGUUUGUGAGCUGCAGUGCCCUCGUGGUCACCGGGGCUCUCCUGCUUUUGUUCAGCCUAAACCUUCACACGAGGAUACCACAGAUCAACUGGAAUCUCACUGAUCUGGUCAACACUGGACUCAGCACUUUCUUCUUUUUCAUUGCCUCUGUAGUACUUGCUGCUUUAAACCAUAAAACUGGAGCAGAAAUUGCUGCUGUGGUGUUUGGUUUCCUGGCAAUGGCAGUGUAUGCUGUGAACACAUUCCUGGCUGUUAGGAAGUGGCGAGUGAACAGGCAGCAGAGCAGCCGACAGACCAGCGACUACAUCCGUGCUCGGACAGAGUCCAGGGAGGUCGUUCAUCGCCCGGAGAUCCAGCGCCUGGACGCGUGACAGACCUUCCAGGGGGACUGCAAAGGGAAAACAAGUGCUUGACUCCCUCAUGGAAUAAGGGUUUUUUCUUUAUUUACGGAGGAAAAGGAAGAUCAGAGGGUGGCAGAGGAUGCCCAGCCCUGUGUGUGUGCCGUCGAGUCAGGAGCUGUUGGCUGGAGGCAGGAAAUGGUCAUUCAAGAUCCGUUCAAGAUCUCUGCAUAUGUAUAUGCAUAUAUUAUAUAGCUUAUAUAAUAUAUUUUAUAUAUAUGUUUUGAAGUAUGUUACUGUUCUGGAUUGACUGCACAGUGGUUUCCUUCCCUCUCUGGAGAUCCGUGUUCUUCGUCUGCCGCGAGCACUCGGGACCAGCACCCCCAGCACGCCUGGCUUGGCUCACACGGGAGAGGAACCCCCCAGAAGUGAUUUCAUACCCCCAGGAGGAGGUGAGGGGCAAACAGCAAUAACUUCAGCCACGUCCCCUGUCCAGCAAACUGUCUGCCCAUCCCCACAGAGCCCCAUCCGCAGGAGCUCCCGUGGCACACUCGGCUGGAGGAGCUGGAAAGCAUUCCCGGUGUUUGGGGUGGGUCCUGUGCCCACUGCAGUUCCUGUGCGUUUGGGGUGGGUCCUGUGCCCACUGCAGUUCCUGUGUGUUUGGGGUGGGUCCUGUGCCCACUGCAGUUCCUGUGUGCCCCUGGCCAGCUCUGAACUCGUGUGCAGUUGCUGGGGGUCCUUGGGAUGCACCAGUGCAAGGAGGUGGUUCUGUGCUAAUGGUGGGAUAUGUUCUCUUUUUCAUUCCAAAAUGGGAGACAGGUGGAGAAAAGGGGUUUGAAGGACACAGUAGAGAAAGAAAGGGUUGUCAUCCAAUAGACUUAAUUCCAGCUAUGGCUUUUUUUUUUUUUGCCCCCCCCCCUUUUUUUUUUAUUUUAAGGUUCAACAUUUCUAGAAGUUCUUGCUAGAACUUGCUUUCUCUCCAAGCCCAGGGUAAGCAAGAACUAGCAAAAAAUUAUGUGCUUAUAAAGUGUUUCUAAGGUUGCAAAGUUGUGAUUCAUGUAAGAGAAAUAUUUCUUUUUGGAAGGAUGGUGGUUCUAAAAUUAAAACCAUUGGUGGUAGGUAAA